CAUCUUGUUGUUGAUCUGUACCCAGUGGGCAGCGCCGGGAGCUGGACCGAGCGGCCGCUGCGGGGCCGCUAUUGCGGGGGCUCAGCCACCUGCGCUGCCUGCCAGGGGGCGGGCCGAAACCUGGAGGCCCGGGGGGCCCAGCUCCCGUGGGGAGCCUUGGGCACCCGCUGCCCGGGCCCGGUCGGACCAAAUACUAAGCUGAGCAAGCUCUGACCAUUGGCCUUCCACUCACCAGAUCUUCUCCCUAGCUCUCUCUUGGUGGCCCAUGUGCUGCAUCCUCAGCCGACAGUGUGCAACCGGCCCCCAACGCAAUGUGUGUUUGUCAAACCAUGGAAGUGGGGCAGUAUGGCAAGAACGCAAGUCGGGCCGGAAACCGGGGAGUCCUCCUGGAGCCCUUCAUCCACCAGGUGGGCGGACACAGCAGCAUGAUGCGCUACGACGACCACACUGUGUGCAAGCCCCUCAUCUCCCGGGAGCAGCGCUUCUAUGAGUCCCUCCCUCCUGAAAUGAAGGAGUUCACCCCUGAAUACAAAGGAGUGGUGUCGGUCUGUUUUGAGGGGGACAGUGAUGGUUACAUCAACUUGGUGGCCUACCCUUAUGUGGAGAGUGAGACUGUGGAGCAGGAUGACAUGCCCGACCGGGAGCAACCUCGGCGCAAACACUCCCGCCGGAGCCUGCACCGCUCAGGCAGUGGCAGUGAGCACAAGGAGGAGAAAGCCAGCCUGCCCCUCGAGACUUCCGAGAGGCAGUUUUCAGAGAUACAAGAGCAGUACUCCAGAUUAUUGUCUCAUGUACCUGAGCCCCUGUGCCACCUAUUAGCCGACCCUGAAGGUGGCAGCUCCCAGGAGGCAAAGAGUCCGAAGGUGGAGCUACACAGCCACUCUGACGUCCCUUUCCAGAUGCUAGAUGGCAACAGUGGUCUGAGUUCUGAGAAGAUCAGCCAUAACCCCUGGAGCCUGCGCUGUCACAAGCAGCAGCUGAGCCGCAUGCGCUCUGAGUCCAAGGACCGAAAGCUCUACAAAUUCCUCCUGCUUGAGAACGUGGUCCACCACUUCAAGUACCCCUGUGUACUGGACUUGAAGAUGGGCACUCGGCAGCAUGGCGAUGAUGCAUCUGCUGAGAAAGCAGCUCGGCAGAUGAGGAAGUGCGAGCAGAGCACGUCUGCUACUCUGGGGGUCAGGGUCUGUGGCAUGCAGGUGUACCAGCUGGAUACCGGUCAUUACCUCUGCAGGAACAAGUACUAUGGCCGUGGGCUCUCCAUUGAAGGCUUCCGCAAUGCCCUCUAUCAGUACCUACAUAAUGGCCUGGACCUGAGACGUGACCUCUUUGAGCCCAUCCUGAGCAAACUGCGGGGCCUCAAAGCCGUGCUGGAGCGGCAGGCCUCCUACCGCUUCUACUCCAGUUCUCUGCUCGUCAUCUAUGAUGGCAAGGAGUGCCGAUCUGAGCUGCGUCUCAAGCACCCGGACAUGGGGCUCUCUGAGGUGGCACCGCUCUGCGGCCCCAGCACCAGCCCCAGCAGCACCAACCCCGAGGCUGGCCUCUCCUCUCCACCCAAGGUGGACGUCCGCAUGAUUGACUUUGCACACAGCACGUUCAAGGGCUUCCGGGAUGACCCCACCGUGCAUGAUGGGCCAGACAGAGGCUACGUGUUUGGCCUGGAGAAUCUCAUCAGCAUCAUGGAGCAGAUGCGGGACGAGAAUCAGUAGGCCCCGUCCUGGGCUCCCAGGACCCCUUCCUCUCCACCCGCAGGCAGGGACCAUUGCUCUGAACUUGCCGUGAGGACACACAGACUUGCUUUUAAAGGGUUAUAUUUCUCUUUGGUGUAAACUAAAAGAAAUGUUUUUAGCUGUAGCCUGGAAUCCAUAUAUAUAAAGUGAAGGAGGGCGGCACAUCGGUCCUCGGCCAGGCUCCUGAGCUCCAUGGCUCUGAUUGCUGUGUCCAGGCUGACUUAGGAAGGAGGAGGAGCCCCUGGUGGGCUUGGCAGCGGAGACAGGAUGCCCUCGGACUUUGGUUCCUCUUACCUAGUCUCUGGGGUUUGUGGUUACAGGGCCCUGCUGAGGAUGGGGUGAAGCCCUGGGCUGGCGCAGGGUCCUUUCAUUUCUAUUUAUCCCUUCUUUCCCAGAAGUAGAGGGGGUGGGGAGGCCUAUCUCUUGUAGGCUUUCCAUUCUCGUGUUGGUGUCAGCUAGCUCUUGAACAGAGGCCCUCGGGAUAGCACAGGACUAACUACACAGCUAGACCCCUCGGGUGUGAUUUUGGUUUGGGGUUAGAUUUAUGAAACUGAGCUGAAGCCAACGAAUGGCAGAGGGCAAAGCCUGUGGUUCCCUAGCCACCGCCUGGCACGCGAACCCUUUCCUCUGCCCACAGCCCUGGCCAGCCUCCCUCACCAAGCUCUCUUGCCUCACUGACAGGACACAGCUCUAUGUUCUGAGGAGAGUUGGUGUCCCAGUAGGUCUCAGGGCCUCUAGGGGCUCUGGCCUAGACAGUAUUUUCAGUUCUUGUGCUGUGGAUGGGAAUCCCCUCCCUCAAGUUUAGGCAGCUGUGCUGCCUAUGGAUGGGCUGCUGCUCCUGGGGUUCCAAGGGCUGUGGUCCGCUCAGGGUCGUAUACUUCCCCAGGCCAAGUUCAGAGCAGGAGCCCUUGGGGGAGCAUUCCAGGCCCUGAGCUUGGAAAGGGAGAACUUUAACCUUGUCUGCUUUUAGGACAUUGGGCCCUGGUGCAGGUGCCCCAAUUCUGCUAAUGGGAGCUUUGUCUGAUUAAUUCUAGUCAGUUUGUUCAUUUGUCCACCUGCCAGCCCCCUUGUUGUGGGGAGCCUUCCCUUAGGGUGUAGCCUUGCUUGUUAGUAUAUAUUGAUUUCCGUCAUGCUUUCCUCGGCAAAAUACUCCUGUUUCUGAUGUGAGUGAGCUUUUGCCCCUAUGCCCUUCCUCAGAAGAUGCCACCUUUCUAUAAAGUCCUGGUAAUAGAGUGAAUUGCAGGUGAGGUUUCCCUGCGACUUAGCACCCUUCCUGUGGGUCUGGAGUGUGGCCUUCAGUAUUGACAGUGGGGCAGUGAAAAUUCAAGGAGUGACCUUGUCCCAUGAUUCUAGUCAUUUUUUGCUGCCAGCCCUUUUGUGACAAAGACCUGCUGUCUGUAACACAGGCAGCAGCCAGUUACACUACACUCAGCCGUUGUCCAGGUUAGCAUCCUUUCCUCCAGGCCCAGGGCCACUGUCGUCACUUUGACAUGUCCCUGUUUGGGCAUUCAAGGUGAGCCUGCCAGCCUGCAUCUGUGAGAGGUAUUGGUAACUGAUGGACAGUUUCUCCAGUCCUUACAGAUCCGUCCUUGAUGGAUUCAGUGUCUUGGACUUGUGACUCCCGUGUCAGUGGUGGGCAGGUUCCCAUUGCUUGGGGCUGGGAGGUGCAGCUUUGUCUUUUUGUCUAUACUAAGGAAGAGCUACUGCCUUCCCAUCCCCCAUGGCUGAAACCACAGAAUAUGGGAGAGAAGCCAGUUGUUAUUGACCCAGUCUUACCUGGCAGGAUAGAG